AUGAGUCUCACGUUAGGGCAAGCCAUAUGGGCCUCUGUCAAGCCAAUAAUCAAGAUCUAUCUUAUUAUGGGAUGCGGCUUUCUGCUUGCCAGGCUAAAUAUACUGACAGUGGAAGCCACGCGAGCCAUCUCAGACAUUGUACUGACGCUUCUGCUUCCUUGUCUUUCGUUUAACAAGAUUGUAGGGAACAUAGAGGAUCAAGACAUCAAGCAGGUGGGUAUAAUUUGCCUAUCAUCGGUUUUAAUCUUCGCCACCGGCUGGUUCUUUGCAUAUGUCAUCCGGAUGUUCCUACCUGUGCCAAAGCAAUGGCGGGGUGGAAUCCUGGCUGGAGGCAUGUUUCCUAACAUCAGCGACUUGCCAAUCGCCUACCUGCAAACAAUGGAUCAAGGCCUAAUCUUCACCGAGGAGCAGGGGAAUAAGGGCGUGGCCAAUGUCAUCAUCUUUCUAGCAAUGUUCCUCAUCUGCGUCUUCAACUUGGGAGGGUUUAGGCUGAUAGAAAAGGACUUCAACUACCACGAUAAGGAGAGUGCAUACGUUAACGAGGAUUAUGAGAUGGCAGAUUCUCACAAGGCUGAGGACUCUCGGAGUUCAAGCGAUAUAGCUCCGGGCGGUUCUCGCGCGACACCUACGCCUACGUAUCGUAGUAACACAAGGGACCAAACCAGUUUGAACUCGCUCACACCCGAAGAAUCUACUACCAACUCAGGGCCCUCUAUUGAUACUAACCAACCGGUCGCUUUGACUAACGGGAUCCAGAGAAACAGGUCUGAUAGACGAGGAUCUUUAGCAGGUUCAGUCAGGGCCCUGGAGCUUCGGGAAAUGCCGUCUCAGGACAUCACAGACCUGGUAAGAGAAUAUUCCAAUGUUGACCAGUUCGGCCGCAGACGCAGUUCGACGGCGCACUCGCAAACGGGGUCAGGGAGGAGAGCCUCGCUUGUUCGCCGCAUUCAAACAUCGGACCUUACAAGGAUGGUGACCUCUGAUGCUGCCGUGACGGGUAAGGACGUUGAAGAAUCAGGCAAGUCGCUUCCUCAUUGGAUAUACAAACUCGUGCCCACUCCUUACAUUGUCUUUUUCCUGAAAAACUGCUUAAGGCCCUGCUCGAUGGCGGUAAUUUUAUCUCUUAUCAUUGCAUUUAUUCCAUGGGUUAAAGCGCUUUUUGUAACGAGUGAAAACACCCCUCACAUAAAGCAAGCGCCUGAUAACCAGCCUGCCCUGUCCUUCUUCAUGGACUUUACUGCCUAUAUCGGCGCGGCGUCUGUGCCCUUCGGUUUGUUGUUACUGGGCGCAACGCUCGGGAGACUUAAAUUAAAGAAACUAUAUCCUGGAUUUUGGAAAAGCGCAGUCCUUCUUGUCGUUUUGAAGUUAUGUGUAAUGCCCAUAUUCGGUGUUCUGUGGUGCGACCGGCUCGUGAAAGCAGGAUGGGCCAGUUGGGAAAAUGACUCGAUGCUCCUUUUUGUCAUUGCGAUCGACUGGGCGCUUCCCAGUAUGACAACUGCAAUUUACUUCACUGCAAGCUAUACGCCACCGGAUGCUGUGGAGACAGUCCAGUUAGACUGCGUCUCUUUCUUUCUAAUGCUGCAGUAUCCAUUAAUGGUAAUCAGCCUGCCAUUCUUAGUGACGUAUUUCCUCAAAGUUCAAAUGAAAGUAUAG